AAAUAAAUAAUACUAGUAGGUCUCUCAAUUCUCAAACAAUAGCUGGCUGCCGACACUCUCCCCCGAACCUGCCCUAUAUGUGGGCUCACAAAGUGCUCUGCCCUCAGCCGCGUGCGCUCCGAACCAGAGCCUCACCAUCCUCUCUACCCGCCCCUUGGCUUCUUCCCUGCUUUCCCUGUGUACAAAGCCCCUCACUGCACUCCGGGGCAAAUGGGCAAUCCCACCACCUCUCUCUCACUUUUCAUGCACUGCUGAGAAAGAAAAGCACUCUCUCUGAAUGCUACCUUUGUCUGUACUGUUGGUUCCUUUUGGAAAUUGGUGGAGUUCCAGUUGAAAUUUCGAGGGUGGCUUCAACAGUUGCAUGUGUUGGAUGCUUUACUUCUCUUCCAGUUCUGAAUUCUUGAAACAUGUUGCACACGAAGUCCGAGUCUGAUAUGACUAGCUUAGCCCCCUCAUCCCCUUCAAGGCCUGUGUACUAUGUACAGAGCCCUUCUCGGGACUCUCACGAUGGGGACAAGUCAUCGUCGAUGCAGGCGACUCCGAUCUACAAUAGUCCCAUGGAGUCGCCAUCACAUCCGUCUUUUGGGCGCCACUCUAGGAAUUCUUCAGCGAGUCGGUUCUCGGGGAUAUUCCGGUCUUCCUCGGGGAGGAAGGGGGGCAGGAAGAGGAAUGAUAAGGGGUGGCCUGAGUGCAAUGUGAUACUGGAAGAGGGGAAUUAUGAUGAAUUUGAUGGUGAAAAGGGGUUCACGAGGCGUUUACAGGCCUUAAUUGCUUUCUGUAGUUUUGUUCUUCUGUUCACGGUCUUUUGCCUGAUCAUAUGGGGGGCAAGCAGGCCUUACAAAGCUGAGAUUACUGUGAAGAGCUUAGCCAUACAUAAUUUCUAUAUUGGGGAAGGUUCUGACUUCUCCGGUGUCCCAACAAAGAUGCUGACAGUAAAUGGCUCAUUGAAGAUGAACGUAUAUAACCCUGCUACAUUUUUCGGCAUUCAUGUCAGCUCCACGCCUGUUAAUCUCAUGUACUCAGAAAUUCCUGUUGCAGCCGGCCAGAUGAAGAAAUACUACCAGCCACGAAAGAGUCACCGGACUGUAUCUGUGAACUUGGAAGGAGACAAGGUUCCCCUGUAUGGGGCGGGAUCAAGUUUGGCCGUCUCUCAGAGUGGAGGUGAAGUUCCAUUGAGAUUAGAAUUUGAACUCCGGUCGCGAGGGAAUGUUGUGGGGAAGCUAGUUAGGACGAAGCACCGAAGGCAAAUAGCUUGUUCCUUCGUCAUUGACACCAUUAACACCAAACCCACCAAGUUCAAGAAGAAUUCAUGUGUAUAUGACUCAUAGCUUGCAGUGUGACUUCUGCAUCCGCCCCUACGAAUCAAAGAAGAAAGGAUCGCUAUUCUGAGGAAUCAAAGCACCGUGAAAAGGUUUAAUAAUAUAUCUAUUUCAUGAAGCCUCUGCAAACCCUUUUAUGCAUGUGUUCAUUGCAAGAUGUGUGAUCCUAAUAAAAUUUGUAAGUUACUGUCACUAGGAUUUGGUGCACUAGAAAUAAAAUCUCAUGAAUAACUGUCCUUAA